AUGAAAGAUAAACGUCUGACUUCGGUUGUCAACGAUUUUGAUACCUUCACCACCACUCCAGAAAGCACAAAAGUAAAUGAUGAUGAAGAUUAUGGAAAUGAUUUUCUGAAUGAUCAUGAAAAUGUUAAAGAUGAUGAUCAAGGGAAAUGUGGUGGCACUGAGGGGGGUGGAAAUCGUACACAUGAGAACCAUAUUGGUAAAAAUGAUAUUGAAGGUAAAGUUAAUGGUGCUGAAGGUGAUGUUAAUGAUCAUGCAUAUGAGGACCAUAUUGGUAAAAAUAAUGAUUUCUUGAAUGGCAAAGAUGAUGAUAAAAGUGAUGAUGUUAUGAUGGGAAAUUUUGGCAAUGAAGAUGAUGAACAAGGAAAUGGAAGUGGAUGCAAUGAUGAAGAAGACAUGAAUUUAAGUUCUAUUAUCGAAAAUGUUACUAAGAGUGCUGGUCUAAUUGAUAGCCAGGAAGGUACUGAAAACUUGGUUGACGGUUGUAUAAAUCAGAAACUAGUUGAAGAUGAUGUGAAUGACAAUUUGACUGGUUUUGAGAAAAAUGAAUUUGAUGAUGAAAAGAAGAAAGAAGAUGAAUUAACUGAUCCAAUUUUAUUUAAAGGUUGUGCUGAAGUGUUAGUUGAAAUUUCUAAAGCAAAGAAGGAUGGAAAAGGUGUGGUAGAAGGUGAAGGUGUUAAAGUUGAUUCAGAUUUAGGGAAAGCAAUAGAAGAUUAUUCAAAUAAAAGUAAAGAUGGAGGUAAUUAG